AGGAGAAGCUUACUUUCAGAUCACAUAGUCUUAACAAGUGAGAUUUCUUUUUACCAAGUGGGGCAAUUGGGAUUGCUGGACUAAUUUCAUAGAGGAGGCCACGUUAGCAACAGGUGUGUGACAGUUACCCGGGUGACCACAACAAACAAUGCCAAAGAUCGCACGAGUGACGCUGUGCCACGGACCUUAUGAAUCAAAUGGAGUGGUAGCUCACAGGCGCUUCCGUCUGCAGGGUAUCCUGGCCGCUCUGACAGCGCGCGGGCACCAGUGCGUCUUGGAAGACACGCGGGAGUGGAACACGGUGGAGCUCGUGGUCAACGGGGAGGUGGUCUUCAGCUGUAAUACAAAGCAGCUCGAGUUUGGUGGAGAUGGAAAACUGGACCCUGUUUGUCAAGAAGCUGUUACUGCUGUAGAGAACGCUAACUGAAGAUAACACGAAUUCAAAAUGUAUAAACUCUCAUGUGCAUGUUUACAAGUUUAUCAUUCAAAAACCCAGUCUUGUUGGACUAAUGUUAGCUUACUUUGUAAAUAAAAAUCCAUGUUGCUUUUUUAUUUUUGAAUUAAUGUCAAUGCAAGGGGCGUUAUUGACAAGGUUACUUGGCCCUUUAACAUUGCACAUUUACUGUCAGUUGUUGUCAGGGAAUGUGUGACCUGCAUUAGUAGCCAGUAUUUUCUAACCUAAGUCUGUCAUCUGGUCCAUAUUAUAGGUUUAUUUAUUUAUUUGAAUCUUCAAUUAUUAUUGACACAAACGGUGUCAAAAAAAAUGCUGGUUAUAUACAGUAAUUCCAGCAUAGGUUUACCUUUUCAUUUCUGGGGAAAUAAUGAAUAUGGUUUAAGUAGUCCACUGUUUGCACGCUACUUAAUGAUCACAUGGGAAGGAGACAGGGGUGGCAUUGGUGGCCAACAGGGCCCCAAUAAAAAAUGUGUGCCCUCAUGUAACAGGAACAACAGCUACUGUGGCCACAAGUGACAAAUUACCACAGGGAAAUAAAAUAUUAAAAUAUGAUUACCUUUUCACAAAUAGAGGAUGGUUAUAAAGCAAAUUGACUCUUAAUAUCAGCAGAAUAUGUAGAAGCAAAGUCUUUGAGAUUAUUAAAAUGAGGAAAGGGUUACUUAAUGCUUAUGAAUUCACAUUUUCAUUUGUAAUAAAGAGAGUGUGAUAUUCCUUGCUGUAAACCAUUUUAAACUGUCUAGCAUCAUCUGCAACCAAAACAUGAUCAAACAAUGUUAAUAAACUUAAAUGCAUAUUUGAUCAUUCCCAGCAUAAGUGUUUGCGUUUCUUUAAAUACCCACACUAAUAUAUUGGAAGCUGUACUUUUAUUAAAAACACACACAAACCCUCUUUUUAAAUCAUUGAUAUGUAGAAUUAUGUUUGUGCAUGGUUUAUUGUAAAAUCUCCCAGCUGGAAGUGGAAAGGGUAAGCUACAGUACAGUUAAACAGGAACAUUUCUAAGAACAGUGGUAACAAAUACCAAUUAUGUUGAAUGCC